UUUCCCACGACGACGACCCAAUCAGCGCUUAGGUUGUUGCUUUGCAGCAUUUUCCGCGGGGAACUGAGUGAUGGGUGGGGGAAACUUUGAAAGUUGGAUGCUACAGACCCGGUGUGUUUUCCUCACUCCCCCACAUAUGGAGUCAUGGGAAGCAAGAAACUGAGACGAGUGGGUUUAUCACAAGAGCUAUGUGACCGUCUGAACAGACACCAGAUUGUUACCUGUCAGGACUUUUUAUGUCUUUCCCCAUUGGAGCUUAUGAAGAUCACUGGCCUUAGUUAUCGAGGUGUCCAUGAACUUCUGUGUGUGGUCAGUAAGGCCUGUGCCCCACGGAUGCAAACGGCUUUUGAGAUAAAGGCACGGAGGUCUGCUGUUGUCUCGCCAGCAUUCUUACCUACAACUCUUUCUGCUUUGGACGAAGCCCUGCAUGGCGGUGUAGCUUGCGGAUCCCUCUCAGAGAUUACAGGUCCACCAGGUUGUGGGAAAACUCAAUUUUGUAUAAUGAUGAGUGUUUUGGCCACGUUACCCAUCAACAUGGGAGGAUUAGAAGGAGCUGUUGUGUACAUUGACACAGAAUCAGCAUUUAGUGCUGAAAGACUGAUUGAGAUAGCAGAAUCUCGCUUUCCCAGAUAUUUUGAUACUGAAGAAAAAUUACUUUUGACAAGCAGUAAAAUUCAUCUUUAUCGGGAACUCAGCUGUGAUGAAGUUCAACAAAGGAUUGAAUCCUUAGAAGAAGAAAUUAUUUCGAAAGGAGUUAAACUUGUGAUUAUUGACUCCAUUGCUUCUGUGGUCAGAAAGGAGUUUGAUACACAACUUCAGGACAACAUGAGAGAAAGGAACAAGUUCUUGGCAAGAGAAGCAGCCUCUUUGAAAUAUCUGGCUGAGGAAUUUUCAAUCCCAGUUAUCUUGACGAAUCAAAUUACAACCCAUCUGAGUGGAGCCCUAGCUUCUCAGGCAGACCUGGUGUCUCCAGCUGAUGACUUGCCCCUGUCUGAAGGCCCUUCUGGAUCCAGCUGUGUGACAGCUGCGCUCGGCAACACCUGGAGCCACAGUGUGAACACACGGCUGAUUUUCCAAAGCCUUGGUUCAGAGAGAAGACAGAUUCUCAUCGCCAAGUCCCCGCUGGCUCCCUUCGCCUCCUUUGUCUACACCAUCGAGAAGGAAGGCCUGGUUCUUCAAGGCCAGCAGAGGCCAUAGGGACACUGUGACCUUUGUGUGGAGCUGAUGGGGGCGUGAUUUGUGAAAUGAAACAGGACUGUGCUGCCUGGAAGAAGGAAACGGAAGCCUUCCUAAUGGGGAUUAAUUAGUUGAUUGCUGCUGAGAUGGUAACAGAAUUGCCCUCGUACCACUGCGCCAGCCAUCGCAGACCUGGCAGGGAAGGUGAAGACGGAGGAGUCUUUGUUCCGGCCCCUAGAUGCAUGGGGCUGUGGGCCUUGCCGCCAUGGGAUGUCAGCAGCCAUAAUAAUAAUAAUUUGCACUUACAUAGGACCUUUCAACCAGGCACCUCAAAUCGGUUUAACCACAUUAAUUAAUUAAAGCCCACAAUCCCCCUGGGGAGAGGAGGAGGAGGACUAACAGGAUUUGUAAUUACAGGAGGGAACAUUUCCGAAUAAAGUAUUGUUCACUAAAUAAAAAGAGGAUGUGUACAAGAAUUGGGAUCGCCAAAGAGUGACCGAUUCAGAAAUGAAAUCAUGGAAGGGUGGGGGUUAGGGGCAUGAGCUCAGGGGUCUGUUCUUGUGUCAGAGGGAGGUCGACGGGCUCAGAAUUCACUGACAGGUUUGGAUCCCACUGAGAAGCGGAACAUGUACGGUGUUAGUGGCAUUUGGAAGGUCAUUAGCGGUGCAACUAUUGUGGUGUAAAUGCACGUUUCACUAAUAAAUUGUGUAUAGCCCCGCAGAACAAA